GUCGAGAAUUAUUAUUGGAAAGUAAAUAUCUUGGUCGUGACAUUCACUCCGACUCUCAAGACCCAAGAUCAGUCAGUCUUGCAGCAAGCGCGAGUGCUCUCGGACGGACGCUUAGAAUGGAACGGUGCUGGAAGUUCGAAACGCGUGUGCCCUUUGUGUGCUGAUGUGUAGAUAGAUAGUGACGCGAAGAAGUGCACUCUUAUCAGAUAAUUGUCACAGUCUGUGUGGCUGUUGCCAACCCAACCCAUUUCGCCGGGAAGGCGCUGACGUCGCGGGCCCGUGACGUCACUCUAUUGUGGUGGUUGUUCUCGAAUUGGGUGCUAAUGGCGCCGAAAGCCGACGAGACCUCUAAGCCCAUCAUCAAAGAGUUGAAGACGGGCGAGCAUGCGUCCUCCAGCAGGCAGUGCGCGUGCAAAAGGUACCCCGGCGGCAUGCCCGAGAAGAGCAAAAACGCGCGCAGGUGCGUCUCGGUGUUCGACCUGUCCGCGACCGAGGAGAAGCCGGUGAAGAAGAGCGCCACGUUGGGGUCGGCGCCGGCGAUCGACGGCCUGGGUAAAAGCCACAAGGGCGGCUACUCGAGGCUGCUGUGCCUGUGGAGGAGGUUCAAGAGGUCGCUGUCGGGCGGCGGAAGCAAGGACGGUAGCAAAGUGACUACGGUGGUCGCCACACCCGGACAGGGUCCAGACAGGCCGCAGGAAGUCUCAUACACCGACACCAAAGUCAUCGGCAAUGGCAGCUUCGGGGUCGUCUACCAGGCCAAACUGUGCGAGACCAACGAGUUCGUCGCCAUCAAGAAGGUCCUCCAGGAUAAGAGGUUUAAGAAUCGAGAACUCCAGAUCAUGAGGAAACUAGAACAUUGUAAUAUAGUUAAACUUAAAUAUUUCUUUUACUCCAGUGGAGAUAAGAAGGACGAAGUGUACCUGAACUUGGUGUUGGAAUACAUCCCAGAAACGGUAUACAGAGUAGCACGGCAUUACAGCAAAUCAAAGCAAACUAUCCCGAUAAUAUUUAUCAAGUUGUACAUGUACCAGUUAUUCCGCUCGUUGGCGUACAUCCACUCGUUGGGCAUCUGUCACCGGGACAUAAAACCACAGAACCUCCUUCUCGAUCCCGGCACGGGAAUCCUGAAGCUGUGCGACUUCGGCAGCGCGAAACACCUCGUCAAAGGCGAACCGAACGUUUCGUACAUAUGCAGCCGCUACUACAGGGCGCCGGAGCUCAUAUUCGGGGCGAUCGACUACACCACGAAGAUAGACGUCUGGAGUGCGGGCUGCGUCCUCGCCGAACUCCUCCUCGGACAGCCGAUAUUCCCUGGUGACUCGGGUGUAGACCAAUUAGUAGAAAUUAUCAAAGUUUUAGGGACUCCGACUAAGGAACAGAUCAAAGAGAUGAAUCCGAAUUACACAGAGUUCAAGUUCCCCCAGAUCAAGUCGCAUCCUUGGCAGCAGGUAUUCCGAGCACGGACUCCACCCGAAGCCAUCGAAUUAGUGGCCAGAUUACUGGAGUACACUCCAUCAUCACGAAUCAGUCCUCUGCAGGCAUGCGCUCACGCAUUCUUCAACGAGCUCCGGGACCCCAGCACUCGCUUGCCCACAAACAAAGAAUUGCCCCCCUUAUUCAAUUUCACAGAACAAGAAUUGAAUAUCCAGCCGGCGCUGAACGCCGUCCUGAUACCGCGAGGGGUCCAGGAGGCGGCGAACAGUCCGCAAGAUGGCGCCGCGUCGUCGGUGGCGGCGGACGCGGCCGACUCGACGGCGACCCCGGUGCAGGCGACCGCCGCCGGAAUACCUUAAGUAGUUCAAUCCUCCCGGGAAGGAGCUGGGUCCCGUUCAAGAGGAAAUUUCGAGGGGCUCGCUCGUCUCGUCCCACUUCUCCCUUAUAAUCUAGUAAGCGAUCUGUGUGAGAUUGUUGAUUGGGACAGCUGUACUAUAUUUAAUAUACGUGCGUUUGUACAGAAUUUGAUUAGUUGUUUGUAGAUGGCGUUUGUUUCGUGCCCACUUGUUUUGGCGCGUUCAUUUUUACAAAUUUUGUUGCGUUGUGAGUAUUUCAGUUGCAUUGAAAAAUCUGGUGUCGCACCAAUGUCUGUACAUAUUAUUUAUACAUAAACAAAAGUGUAAAUUUUAAUUGAGUAGGUUUAGUUGGAUUAAUUAAGGUUCUUUUGCAAUGAUUGUUGGAACAGAUUUUUCAAUGAUAUUUUGAGCAUAUUUGUAUUAUCCGAUACAAAUUCGUAUAUUUUUAAAGAAAGUAAGUUAUUAAUAACGUAGAUCUUUUAUUGGUGAAUCAUCGUUAUAUUAGUGGUUUUUAACAUUUACUUACGCAAAGCAUUUGGUGUUAAUUAUUUAAGGUUAUUCGUUUUUUGGUAUGAAUAGUUGUAACAACCUGACAUUGAGAUAAUAUCCAGGACCGUAGAGUUUAAAACAGUUGGUGUGAAUAUGAUAUGGGUAUACAAAAGAAGAGAUGAUAUUUAAUCUUGAAAUAUUGUGUACUUCUAGCUUACGCUUUAGAAAAAAAAAUGAGUGAAACAUUACAACGUAGAAUUAUCCUAAUGAUCGUACUAGCUUACGAAGUGCAAUGCGUUAAAAUUUCUGAACACGCCUCCAAGAAACUAGGACAUUAUUAUUAUUAUUAGUUUCCAUAGAUGUGCACUGUCUACGGUUUGGAGUUAUUUUGAAAGAAAAAACGCAAAAACCAAUUAUUAUGUGCAAAGUGUGUUAUUUUGACAUAGCCAAAUUUAUAAAUAUUUAAUUUAAGGUAAAAGCACACUCUACCCGCUCCUCAUUCCUCCCUCACCCUCUGUAUUGACAAAUGUUUUCUAAAAAUGCGAAUAAAUUAUACAAAACGUU